AUGACGCAAACGUUGAAAAUUAAACUGGAUGUUACCACAUUUUACUCCUCUCUAGGACUUACUUCUAGUGCUACUGAUGCAGAGGUUCAAAAAUCGUACAGAAAACUAGCACGAGAGCUGCACCCUGAUAAGUCGAAGUCUGAUUCGGCUGCUGAGCUCUUCAAAGUAAUUAAUAACGCGUACUCUAUUCUAAUGGAUAGAGAGAAGAAAUUAAGAUACGAUUCCACGUUGGUUGCCAAGGGGUUGACAGAGUAUAAACCGCGAAAUAACUGUCAUCGCUACGAUGGUCUGACUGGGGGCGCAGGCGAAGACUUUCAUAAGGACGAAAAUAAUUUAAAGACACCUCAAAAAAACAGGCCGUCAAAAAACUAUAACCACAGGCCUUACGAACAACAACCAUAUGGGUUCGGCACUGGAAACGAGGCCCAUCCAACAUUUAACUCACAUUCGAGGGUUCCCAUUUUCCAAUCCUUCAAUCUUAAGAACUACCAAAGAAAUCAAAGAUCUCCUCACAAGAGUGAAACGAAAACCGAGAAAUCGAGCUCCAUCUUUAACAAUAAAAAUAAUGGCACUCCGCCUCAUCACAUAAACACUGAAGAUAUCAGCGAAAAACGUAGCGAGCCUCCCAAAAGCGAAGAGAAGGAAUCCAGUGAUGAAAACGGAACGGCCGUACGAUCUAAAUUACACAAAGCCAACUCUUCAGAUCCAUUUGAGCAUUUACCUGGCUCUCCAUUCGCCAACAAUCGACAUCGCCACUAUGCCAGGACGAAACAUGAAGCUAGAACACACGAGAGGAGAUCUGUUUCACCUGUGAAAAGAGCAUCAAAUACAGAAGGUGCCGAUAUGUCAGAAAGUUGGGAUACUCUGAAGAACAUAUUAAGUAAUUUUAAGGAUGAAGAAAAGAAAUUAAAAACAGAAAAAAAUGAGAUCGAGUUGACAGUUGAUUCCAUCAAAGCAGCAAAAAUACGAAAAGCCGAAUCACAAAGUAUAAAGUUGGACGAUCUGAAAGAUUCAUUGCCCAUUGACAAUGACUUGUUUGAUAUGAGAAAGGUUAGCGAUACAUUGAAUACGGUUCCUGUCAUCAAAAAAGCGAAAUUAAAUUUCAAGGAGGAGUCCCCUGAAAUAGAUAUGAAUUCUUCAGAAAGUAAAGGUCAUCAUCAUAGCCGCCAGAACGAGUCAGCCGCUAGCAAAAUACCUACAAACCUAGAAGAAAAUCUGUACAUGCCUGUCAAUCAGCCUCUUCCGAAAAUUUACAGGCCCGAAAUCAUCCCGCUGCACCAGUAUAAGAUAACCUCCAAAGCUAUCGAUUUAGAUUUACCUGCGAUGCCCAAUUUUCAAUGCAAUGUUUUGAAUAAAUCUCAAAUGGAAAGGUGCAAACAGUAUGUUAAAGAGUUCAAUGCUAAAUCAAACUUUCUUAAGCAAGAGCUUCUACAGAGUUUAUCUGAGAGGCUAGAAGCUGACAAGAUUUUGGGUGAUAAACUGCUUAAAGUUGAGAAUGCAGGGAACUGGGUCUCUUGCAAGGACUUCGAUUUUGAAGUUGUCUCCAAGCUUGCCGAAAUUAAUAGUAGGCAGCGCAUUGUGGCCCAAAGUUUUGCCAAUCUUCUCAAUAACUUGUACAAAGGUUCACCCCAGUAA